AUACUUUCGAAACUUUUACAUUGAGCCCUUUCAUUUGAUAUAUAAUAUGGUACAAUUAGCUAAAGAACAAUGCCCAUGCGCCAUACAACUUUUGGCCCAAAAGUGGACAGUCAAAUAUCGCUCAAAAAUAUACUGUUUUAGUUAGUUAAAUGUAUAUAUAAAUGAGAAUAAGUUACAGAAAGUCCGCCACAUUAUUGGUUCCUGCUAUAUUUGCAAUAUAACUAUUUGUUGAAAUAAUAAUAAUUAUCAUUACUUUAAUUAUAAUUACAAUUUAUUUUUGUUUGUAUUUUGUUUAUUAUAUUGCUAUUUGUUUAUAAUGUACAUGCAUUGGUAUUAAUGAGGUAUAAGUAUAAAACACGUUUCAAUUAUUCAUCUUGUAUUUCAUUAUCAUAAUGACAUAAUACAACAUCUAGAAUGUUGCAGGAGCAGUAAUGUUUAUUUUAAAUCUAGCCCAACUAAUGUACCAAAUGAUGGUCAUUAUAUGGGCACAACAACUUACUGUACAUUUUCCCACAAUACAGUUGCAAUAAUACUGUUGGAUGGAUUCUCUUCCAGUAUUAUUAUUAUUUAUUAAAAUGUAAACAUAAUAUAUUUUUCGCCCAAUAUGUCUGCUUUGAAUUUUCUCCCUCAAAAUCCAACAAUUAUUUUCUAGGAAAUCGCCCGGUAGGUUGCUGUUGCCCUCUUUGUAUAUUUCAACACUAUAUGUACCGCUGGCUCUGACAUGCUCUCCGUAAUAAGAUCUACUUUGCCUUAUUUGGUAUGUUCCAUAUGAAAUUAACACUAAUUGACUCAUUUUCAGACGUGGAAAAUCAUUUAAGUUGUCAGAGCCAACAGUUAUAUUCACAAAAUGUGCGCCUCUACGGUUUAAAUUGUUUUGUAUAACAUAUUCUGCCAAAGUGUUAAAAGUUAUUAAUCGAAUUCUAAUUGAAUAUCGAUAUAUUGUAUAUAUCGAUCGUAAUGUUGCUACUAAAAACAUUUCAUAAAUGGCUAAUCAUUACACAAUCUAAUUAGAAUUAUAAAACUACUAAGACAGCUGGCGGACUUUUAAUAACUAUUAAAAAUGAUAUUAAAUGAAAUGUAAUUUUGUGCAAAAUUCAUUUAUUUUUUAUAGUACUGUCCGCGGGUGGGCCAAAAAUGGGCAUUGCUCUUUCGUUUUCUAAUUCACCCCCCAAAAUGGGUGUUACCCCCAUAUUCAGAAUUUAGUUAUUUACUUUAUUUUUCCUUAUUUGGGUCACAGAUAUACAUACAUAUAUGUACCAAAUUUCAAUUUGAUCGGUCCAGUAGGUUCUAGCAUAUCGACUUUAACAAACAGACAGUCUACUGAGAGAUCAUAUAAGGGGCCCGUUUUCGCCAAUUGAAGUACGGAAACCUAAAAAUUAAAAGAAAACAGUCAUCUUGCAUGGACUUUUUAAAUGCUCGUUAUUUUGGAGGACUUGGCGUGACGUCAUAGUCCGUAGCAAUAUAACAAACAAGUCGACAGGUUGACUUUGACAUAUCUUGUAAGUAUUUUAAGGAUUACUACAUCGCAAGCUCUGUCGCGUUUCAAACAUUAGAAUUUCCCACAAAUUAAAAAUGUUUUUUCGUUCGCUCCAGUAGGCCCCCAUUUUCGCAGACAGUGCGAAUCACCCAUGAUACCCCAAGGUUUAGGGCCACGAGAAUGCAUGAGGGCUCAAAAGACGCGGAAUUUGAAGGGCUUUAAGAAGAUGUGAAAAUAUUUUGAAAAGUUGGGUUUGAAAAAAAUAUAUUUUUGGUUUAGAAAAAAGAAGAUUAAUUAUUUUUUUAUUUUUUAUUUAUUUUUGAAAUAAUCUAAGUAUAAUAGGUAGAUUCAUUUUCAAUGCCCUUUCAAGUCGUGUUUGCGCAAAAUACCUUGACAUUUUGAAAAAUACGAUUUAUCAAAUCAUUCUACGACCUUACGCACUAUGAACUGACUACGAGCAAGCUACGAACUAUGCCUGUGCUACGAACAAAUCGUAGCGAUAAACACAAAAGCUUUUUUCCUUGCUUUUAACUAUGAGUGGGCGAGAAAGUUGAAGUGACAUUGACUUUGUAUUAACACAAAAUAUGACUAAUAGCGUUUCUAUUUUCAAAGAAACUUCAAAUUAUCUAUUCCGUUCACCGAUUUGUUAUGAAAUUAGUAUAUUGUGUAAGCAUUAGGAAACACUAGUGCUAAAAGACUUUGAAACGUAGAAGGUUCUUCAACAAUAAUGAUGUUACCUUGAAAAGUUUUAUCACGAUGAAGUUAUGGGUAGACUCAUCUGUAGCUCGCGACGUAAAAUUAUGUUAGUGUGAUACGAUCAGUGGGGGAGGAACCCCUUCUGGGGAGGUGAUGACGUCACGCACCACGUAACCUAACACUCACCGAAUAGCACGAACCCUCACAACAGCUUAAUAGUAAAAUAAUACACGCUUAACCAUCCGAACUUGAUCCAAUAUUCGUAAAAUUUCGAAAGGUCACAUUUAAAGUUGGGAGAUCUCGACUUUCUGGUCACGUUUAGAGAAACAAAACAUCGACAUAUAAGUAUGUAUGUAGUCUCAUGCUAGUCACGCUGGUGACUGGAACUAACUUUUGGCAUUUUCAUGUUUAUGCGACGUUACGGUAAAAUUGUGAGCUCAGCUAUGUGGUGGGACGCUUGGUACCCACUUGAAAUCACACGGUGAUGAUAAAUGGUAAAGUUAUUUAAUUAUCUUAAGUUUUGCUUAACGUAGGGUAAGAUAUAUAAUACCUAGGUACUGUUAUCGUUAAUUCACCUAAGUAAGUCGCUGAAAGAAUCUUAAACAUUAAUUGUUGAAUAAGUUAGUUCAAGUAAACUCUAUGUACUGUUGCUUCCUAUGUAAAUCAAACUAAGCUAAAAAUAAAAAGGAACACUUUUCAUUAAUUUAAAAAUAAUACCUAUUCGGGAUUAUACGCGAGUCAUGACUAUACAAAAGUUUCUACAACACACAUUGUAUAACACUGUCAAAUAGUUUCAAUAAUAAUACGAUAAGAACACAAUCGAAAAAAUUUACUAUGUGAAUAAACGAAACGGUGACCUGAUUUUAUGCAAUCAGAUAUCAGUAAUAGAUUAGGUUUAGGGCGGGCGGUGUCGGCGGCGGCGUUGCGUGGCCUCCCACCUAGUGGCUAGUCCAGUGGGCAGCCGCCUACCCGCUGCGCCGUCCAGUCGGAGGCCCGCGCCCUCCGCGCCCACUCGCCGCGCUCGGCAUCAUCGCACAUGCCACUACCAUACUAAUUCACUCUGUUAUGGACAAGCACACCAAGGGAUGGCGUGAGCCCGUCCCGAGCAUCCUGAAAAAACCUAAAAACCGCCCCAAGGGAGACCUCGUCGACAAGAGCACCAAGAUCAAGCGCGAGAAGGUGGAAGGCUCCAAAAAGGGGGAUGUAAAGACGCCGCUCCCGCAGGGUUGCACGCCGCUCAUGUACGCCUGCCAGCAGGCGGAUUACAAAGCUGUGGUCGACAUCCUCAACAAGGACCCAGCAUCAAUCAACGUCCGCGAUCGCGGGCUUCGGUGCGCCCUACAUUACUGCGCGUCAAGCGGCGCGGGCGCAUCGCAGGCUGCGCGCGCUGCUUGCGCAGACCGUGUGCUGAUGGCUGCGCCGGCGUUGGCGACUGCGCGUGACGCCGAUGGCCUCACCCCGCUCCACUUGGCAGUGGUGCAUGGAAAUGUACCGUUGGUGCAAGCGUUGCUGGCUGCUGGCGCUGACGUCAACGCACAAGACGACGAGCAACACACCGUUGUGCACUGGGCUACAGUGUGUGGUGAAGUGGGCGCUCUACGGGCGGUGCUGGCCGGAGGGGCUGAUGCAGCUACGCCGGACCAGCACGGCGGGUAUCCGCUGCACUACGCCGCGCAGAUGUGUGGCGCCCCGGCUGCCACUGACCACCAGAGUCGCGGAGCAGCGUUAGAGGUGCUACGCGCGCUAGUCCGCGAAGGAGGCGCGCGCGUCGACGUGCGAGACGCAGACGGACGCACGCCGCUUCUGUGGGCGGCGUCUGCGGGCUCCGCGGCCGCGGUGCUUGCGCUGCACCAGGCUGGGGCCAGGGUCGACGACGCAGACCGCGAUGGUCUUACAGCGUUGCAUUGCGCUUCUGCUCGAGGUCACACAGAGGCACUUGAGACGUUAGUCGGAUUAUGCGGUGCACGCGUAGAUGUGGCAGAUUCACAUGGUUGUACACCGCUGCACUAUGCCGCGGCACUGGGCCACGCCGACGCAACGGCUGCACUGCUGCAACACGGCGCCGAUGCCCAUCGACAGGAUAAACGUGGCCGAAGCCCUGCCCAUACCGCUGCUGCGAAAGGUCAAAUCGAAACCGUUCGAAUACUUGGUGCAAGAGGAGCAAACCUAUGGUUGCGUAAUUCAAAAGGCGAUCUUCCGCUUCAUGAAGCUGUUGCAUCAGGUCGUAGAGAAUUGGUCAAGUGGUUAUUAGAUGGUAGGCCUUCACAAGUUAAUGCCACAAAUCAUGAAGGCCGUACUCCUCUACACAUUGCGGCAGCGACAGAUAAUGCCGAUCUCUGUCGUCUACUGUUAGAUCGCGGUGCGGAAGUCAAUCCGGUAGCAAGAUCAUCAAAAAAUGAACCUUUGACUCCUUUAGACUGUGCAACUAGCCGAGGUCAUAGAUCUACCGCAAAAUAUUUACAAAUGCAUGGAGGUUUACCCGCUUCCAAAUUAGCAAAUACACAAAUUAUUAUUGACAAUGCUUCAAUAACAGCUUUACCAACUCGAAGGGUAACUAGUACCAAAAUCGAUGUGCGAGAUAGGAUUAGAAUAGAAAAGCGCGAAGUGGUUGAACUAUCAAGUCCGAUUGCUGACAGACGGCAAUUGAAAGAUAGAAGUGACAGUGAGUCAACAUCAUCGUCAUCAUUAGAUAGAAAAAAAUCUAAAAGAAGAUCAGACACUAAAUAUUCGGAUAGAUACCACGGGCGGCGAAAAAAACUGAUGGAAAGUCAAAAAAGUUUUAGUGAUGGUUAUGACACAGAGUACGAAGGACAUAAUAAAGAGAAGUAUAAUUCAAAGAAGUCUAAGCGUAAUUCAAGAAAAAGUAGAUCAAGAAGUGAACCAUCACGGGGAAAUGGUAGUAGUGCAAAACAUCACCGGCGAUAUAAAUCAGGAACAGAAAGUUCGUCAGAAGAAGACAGUUACCCAGAAAAAAAGAAACGGCACAGAAAACGUGGAAAAAGGAAAACAAGUUCGCCUUCUGAAAGCAGUAGUUCAGAAUCAAGUGAACGGCGAAGUACGAAAAGGAAAGGGAAAAAGACAUCUAUUCACAUAGAACAUGAUAAUGAAAAACAGAGUGUGAAUAUCGUGAAAUAUAAAAAUGUUGAACAAACUCAAUCAGAUGAUAAAGAAAAUAAUGUUGUUAAAGAACAAUCCGGAUCAGUGGAGGAAAAUGGCGAUUUAACCAAAACCGAAACUGCACUGGCUAAAAGUAAAAAUUUGAGUGAAACUGAAACGGACACAGUGUCCGUAAAAACGAAUAUGAUUGUUACAGAGGCACAAAUACAUAUGGAACGUGACUCUAGUCAGCAUGGAAGUUCAGAGUUAACAGUGACAGUAGAUUCCUCCAAUAAUGUAUCGAUUGAAACUUCAAACCUCUCAGUUAAUCAUAAAGAUAUAACUGAUGAAAAGAAAAUAGAUAAGGAAUCCAAAGACAACACAGACAGUAAAAUGUCUAUUGAAGGUAAAAAAUUGCUUGAAAUCUCGGCGGAAGAAGCAGAAAAACAAGAAGAAUCUAUAAAUACUGAAAAAGAGGAAGGAGAAUCUAAGAUAAAAUCUAAUGAUCUUAAUAAUAUUCCAAAUACAGAGAAUACGGCAAUUUUGACACAAGUAUCAACUAAAGAAGCAAAUUUAUCACAAUUACAGGAAUCGAUUAAAGAUGGAGAUUUAGCGAAUGAAGAUACUAAGAUGGGCGAAGUAAUAUUAAACAGUUCUUCUCCAUUAGAGAGAAUUCGAAAAAGAUCAUUCCAAGUACUAUCUGGUCCUGAUGAAACUAUGAUGCUGAAUAAAGAAACAUGUAGCGAACUAAAGACGAGUUUGGAUGCUUCAGGUUUAGAAGAAAUAGGACCACAAGAAAAAAGUUCCUCACCUGUAGUCUCUUUUGCAAAUAAGGAUGAAAUUUUUGAAAGUAAGGAUUCAGAUAAACAGUCUGACCAUCUUAUGGGUGAGUUGGUUGAUCAUUCAGACACUAUCGUAGAAAAAGAAGAAUUAGUAAAAAAUGAAGAUCUUAAAGAUAGCAAUGAAAACAAUAAUUUAAGUACUGACGACAAACGAAGUCACUAUGCUUCUACAACGGGCAGCAGUACCGAAAUAAGUGUUGAGAAAAUUGAAGAAAAGGCUAUAGUUACCAUAAUAGAUAGUCAAACAAACAUUGCAGACCGUGCUCUACAACAAGUGAUAAUGGGAAAUACAGCAGAGGAGUAUGAUAUCAACUUGCCUCUGGCAGAAUCUCCAAAACGAACUAGGAAGUCUUCCAAAGAUAGUCAAAUAAGUAGCAGAAAAGGAAGUAUUUACGAAACUGAGAGUUAUAAGGUACUUUCAGAGGUGGUCAGUGCACCAGAAGUUACUACAGGUAUACUGAAAAAAUCUUUUUCCAAACAAGAUGGGAGCCUCGGAGACGGAAAAGAUAUUUUUGAGGGAGAAUUAUUAACCAAAGAUGGUUUAGGGAGAGUACCUAGUGUAAGUGAUAAUGAAAUUUAUAGUCAAUCUGAAGCAAAUGGACGAAGAAAAAGGUUUCGUAAGAAAGGUCGUACAAAAAGUCGUACUACAAUAAGAUCAAAGAGUGAAAAUUCUGAAAGGGGCUAUGAAUCUAGUGGGCUGAUGGAUUCUGGUUUUGAGCCUAGUCCUAGAGCACUACAACGUCGUAUAAUGAGUCCUCGUUUAGCAGCGUACUAUCAACAAAGGAAUGCUAGUGGGAGGUACUCGGGAAAGUCGGAUAGCAGAAUACCUGUGCGUAAGCCAGGGGAUAGACGCGCUGUAGAUAUGAAAUCUGUUACACAGCGAAUCCAGACCAAUAUGAGAAGGUACUAUUGUGAAAGGAAGAUAUUUCAGCAUCUCUUUGAAUUAAAACGCCUGCAAAUAAGGACCAGUAAAGCAAACGAAGCUGUCCUUGUGAAACGAGCUAUUGAUGAAUACAACAAAUCUAACUUGGCCACAGUGGGUGUAGGGCCAUACAACAAUCCGGACUAUUCGUUUAGUAGCUUUGAAAAAUUUUUGUAUGACAAUUUGAGGAAAUUGCAAAAGAGUGGUAAAAAGCAUUUAGACAACUUACCAGAGAAACCAAUCGAUUUUGACUAUGGAGAAAGUGAAUUGUAUAAAAUGAGUGCCAUUCCAGACAACCCGUGUCUUUGCACCAGUAAAACGCAUCGAUGUUUUCACGCAGUACAUGCUUACACUGGCAUACCUUGUUCAGCUUAUAUACCAUACAAGUGGGAUCAUCAUACUAUGCCAAAACCGGCAACAGCAGGAUCGACUGCGAAGUCCAAAGGUUUUCUGCCCAAAAUUAACUCAAAGCCUCCUACAGGCUCUAGCAAAGCGCAUGUUACUUUGGAAGUGUCUCAUGGCACCGAAAAACAACUCAUUGCUUUACCAGCCGAACGACUGGACAAAAAUAAGAGAUACUAUGUCACAUUUACGGUAAAGGGCUCUGAGCCUACAUCUGACAAUGACAAUGCUUCUCCCAAUGCUCCAAUUACUAACAAAACAGUUAAAAGUGGCUGAACAAGUUUACAUAUUUGCUGGAGAAGUACUACGUAAAUAUAUAUAAAAUGAAAUCUUUGUUGUUUGGUUCGUUACGUAGAAUUUUACUUUAAUAGAAAUAGACCAAUCACUUUAAUUGUCUUUAUAAAAGACGUAAGAGGUUUUGUCACUAAAGAAUGAAAGCGUUGAGCAGUGUUGAUCAGAUAUAAUGGGAAAAAACUGUAUUAAGACGUAUUAUAAUACUCACUGCCAGAUCGACAGCAAACAAGGUUGUGCUAUGAUUUAAUUAAAAUUAUAAUCAUCUAAUGGAAGGAUUUAUGUAUUAUGCACUUUAUAAAUAUGUAUUUAGACUGAUAAAAGCCGUCCGUUAGUGAAUAUAAGGUAUAAGAAUAUUUAUUUUUCUAAAUACUAUUAUAAUCACAUAUUUAAAAGAUAUUAAAAAAACAUCUAAAUUAUUUUCUUCAAUAUUUUAUAUGAAAUUAAUUGUGCAGUCUUCCUGUUGAGAUAUUACUAAGUAUGCACAAGUACUACCUAUAUAUAUAAGUAUUAUUUAUUACUAUUCUGUCUCUUGUUGUUAGCACUGAAUAAAAUCGCAUUACUCAGCUGUAUACAUGGGAUAUAAUAUGAUGAAAGUUAAUAAAAUAAAAGUAAUUUUAAAUUAAUGUUUUAUUACUCUACUAAAAUAACAUAUUAAAUUAAAAUUAUUGUACACAGUAAGGUACCUCAUCUCAUGAAGCAAAACGCAUAAAGCUUAGACUCCUAGUAGAAGUGCUACUCCAGCCAGCGUCCAGCGAGUAGGCUUGUCUUUAGUUUUGAGAUUGAAGGUCCAGACGUAUGUAGGGCCUCGAAAACU